UGUGUGUGUGUGUGUCAGACGGUUUCUUCUCUCUUUCUCUGGACUUCUGGCCUCAGAGCAGCCCAUCUCUACUACCCUCACUCACCAGCACGAUGAAAAGCAUCAUUGCUUUUGCCAUUCUUGCUCUGGCAGCUACUACAUGGGCUGCAACACCCACAACGGUAGACUGCUCCAAAUACAUGAGAGAAGGAAACAGCAUUGUAUGCUCCAGGGAGUGGAAACCAAUAUGUGGAGCAGAUCAGAGAACUUACAGCAGCGAAUGCAUGUAUUGCUUCCUAAACCAGAAUAAGAAAAUUAUCCUCAGAAAACUUCAUGAUGACCAGUGUGUUGAGUGCACCCACUAUGCAAACGCAUGUACCAUGGAAUACAAACCUCACUGUGGAUCUGAUGGAGUAGUGUAUGGCAACAAAUGCUUGUUUUGCAACAGUGUUGUGAAGAGCCGUGGUGCAAUAUUUUUGGCAAAGUAUGGAACAUGCUGAGUCUCUCUGAUGCUCAAGGACCCCCAGAUCCCUUUGGCAGAUUCCACAGAGAGAACCAGUUUCCUCUAGGAUGGAUAUGGGGGCAAAUAUAUGGAUUUGAAUCUUCAAUAAAAUAAUUUCAGCAAAAAAC